UUCAAAUACUCAAAUAUCAGUAGCGGAGACACAAUGGAGGAGAGCUCGGAGUAGACACACUGCUGAAAGACUUAUCGGUGUGUUCCACCGUGCACAGGACAAACAGCGGAGAUUACAAACAGUUUUGGAUAGUGUUGUUUCUUCGCUUUUUCAAUUGUUUUUCCGGUGAAAAGAUUGCAUUCAGACUUUGAGCUGCAUCACAUUAGAGGUAAUCAUGCCUCCCACCACCCCGUACGCCGGAAAGUUCAGCUCCUGCGCUCCUUACGGCAACAACAACAAUCACCCUCAGCCUCACAGCCCGUACCGCAACGGCAACGGCACCGGCCCAAAGCCCACCAAGGAAAACAUUUACAACGGCGCCUACUCUUCCACAGAGAACCCCUAUGACAUACCGCAGCCUCACAGCUCCUAUCGCAGCUCAUCUGUCUCCUCUGUGACCGCCAAGGAGCAUCAUUACAACAGCAGUUGUGCUGUUUCCGAGAACCCAUACUCUUCGCCGCAGCCUCACAGCCCUCGGCAGCACAGCACUUCCUGUCCUGGACGCGCGUACCGCCACACCAGCAGCAGCAGCGGCAGUGAGCAGUCUUCUCGGAACAAUUCUGUCGUGGCGAAAGGCCGACGUUAUGGACAUGGCGUCACUGCUAGCUAUGGGGAGAUGUGUUACCAUGACAAUAGUUUGGUUUCAGCAUCCCUUGAGGCGCUGAUUCAGCACCUGGUUCCCACGGUUGACUACUACCCUGAUAGGUCAUAUGUGUUCACCUUCCUGCUGAGUUCACGCCUCUUUCUGCACCCGUAUGAGCUCAUGACGAGGGUUUGUCACUUGUGUGUGGAGCAGCAGCGGUCCGGAGACGCCCUGCUGGAUAAGAUCCGUUUCCGUGAGGUGGCGCCUAAGCUGGUGCAGCUGCUGACUGAGUGGACAGAGACGUUUCCGUAUGACUUCAGGGACGAGAGGAUGAUGCGCUGCCUCAAGGACAUGACACAUCAUGUGGCCCGAGGGGAUGAGUACUCUUGGCGAGCCAUGCAGCAGAUGACCCAGCGGCUGAUCAAACGACUAUCUGCACUCGGCCAGUACGAGGAGGCCGUCGCUGCACUCAAUGCCGUGGCGAUGGAGCGGCCAGCUUCCCUGAAAAGCAAACAGGCCUCAGGCCAGCGAAGUGACGUAAUGAGCAUGUGCGACGACCCCUUCAUCCUCGCCCAGCAGCUCACACACAUUGAACUGGACAGACUAAGUUUUAUCGGUCCUGAAGAGUUCAUCCAGACAUUCGCCAUGAAAGAUCCUCUGGAGAACCAUAAGGGUUUCUUCCGGAAGCGUAAAACCAGUAACCUGGAGGCCUACGUCAACUGGUUCAACAGACUAAGCUACCUGGUGGCCACUGAGAUCUGUAUGCCAGUUAAGAAGAAACACAGAGCACGGAUCAUAGAGUUCUUCAUUGAUGUGGCUCAGGAGUGUUUCAACAUCGGCAACUUCAACUCCCUCAUGGCCAUCAUCACUGGGAUGAACAUGAGUCCUGUUGCCAGAUUAAAGAAAACUUGGAGUAAAGUCAACACAGACAAAUUUGAAAUCCUGGAGCACCAGAUGGACCCAUCGAGCAACUUCAGCAACUACCGUACUGCAUUACGUGGUGCUACCCAGAGGUCUGAGACCGCACACAGCAGCCAGGAGAAGAUUGUGAUUCCUUUCUUCAGUCUGCUCAUUAAAGACAUCUACUUCUUGAAUGAAGGUUGUGCCAGCAGGCUGACCAACGGGCACAUCAACUUUGAGAAACUUUGGGAGCUUGCAAAGCAGGUGAGCGAGUUCCUGGUUUGGCGUCAGGUGAUUUGUCCAUUUGACAGAGACCGCCGCAUUCUCCAGUACCUUGUCACCACGCCUGUCUUCAGCGAAGAUGAACUGCACCUGGCCUCAUAUGAAAGUGAAGGACCUGAGAACAACAUGGAGAAAGACAGCCGCAGGUCACUCAGAUCUUCCCUCCUGCAUCGAGAGAAUCGAUCCUAAGAGAACGUCAAUCUCCUCUGCUCUGCAGAGUGUAAAUGAACGAGGUAUUUUGAAGCUACAGGUUCCUCCGUAUUAUCUAAUGGAGACUUUUUACAAUUUUACAUCCCGGACAGUAAAUGCAGCUGGACCCAUAUUCUUGCAGAUCAACAGAAGAAUAUAUAACAAUGUGAGGGCUCUGAGCUCAAAAGGACCAUAAAUGGUUUAUAAGUAAUAUACUGGAACAGUUCUUGAUGAAAUUCAUUAGGUGCCAAAGGACCUCAGUGCUGCAGUUUUGAACCAAGUGAUUCCCAGGCAGAGCUCGAAGUACUGAUAUGAUCAUCAGCUGUGCCUCGUAAACAUCAGGGCACUUCAGAGAGAGGACUUCUGACAACUGCAGAAGUAGUCAAACCUGGAUUUUGUUUAUAUCUCCUGUUAACUCCAUCAUGUUGAACGACUCUGGAAGCAUAAAGGGCCCGAACAAGAUGGAUAUGGACCCAAUUAGUGACAAAGCAACAUUAGCACUGCUGCUUCUCCUGUCUGAGUUCAGUCAGAAACCACAGAGAAGAGAGAUGCGCUCUGAGAGCAAGAUCAUCGAUUUGUAUUAUAAACAACAGGCUAACAACUGCUUUUAGAAGUGGUGUCUGCAGUGUUGUCUUGUUGAGUGCUUCACGAGCAGCAACAUCAAAUCCAUUUUCACUCAAUUUCCAGCUACGUACUCCACAACACAUUUUACACAUGCUGUAUUCAUCAGUCAUGCUAUCCAGUUCUAAACACUUUGUGACGUGUGCACUUGCGUAUUGGUGAUGCAAAAGUACGCAAGUGUCAGCAACAUCAUGCAAGUUAAAUGCACUUCAGUAGGUUCUUGUGUAUUGUAUUAUAGAAUUUUGUGACUCCAAUUUUAAGGCGUCUUUCUAUACAGUAUUAAGUUGUAUUUUGUAUCAGAAGGUUUAAAAAAAAUGUGUUUUUGUUCAUGUAUUUUCUCUGAAGUUUCACCGUGAGCUUGUUGCUGGUUGGCUGGCUCUGUGAUGGUAAGCUACUUUUGUUAAUACACCAGUUCAUGAUAAAUGAGUGUUUUGGGUCAGAAUGAAGCACAAACUGAUGUGUGUGUGCAGCUUAGAUGCAAACAGGAAUAUCACCCUCCUCUUCAUCUCGUGAGCGUGAUGUAAUCCCUUAAAAUCUGCCUGUGAGUGAUGCUAAUGUUUUCUUGUUGUUGUUGUUGUUUUCUUUUUUUCCUUUUAAACAAAGCUCAUUUUUAUGUUUCAUAUUAAGUGUUUUCUCAUAUAUUCUUCUUUGUGUAUCAUUUGUGUUACCAGUCAGGGUACUUGUACUGAAGGUUUUUGUGAAAAGAGAACUAUAUUUUUUUCUUUCAAAUAAACAGAAUAACUGAA